CACACACAGAUACACAUUUAGUGGACACAUGACAGGCCUGCUGGCUAUUACUGCCCUAUCGCAGCUGUAAUCAUGUUUGUAGCCCGUAGUAUCGCAGCAGAUCAUAAAGAUCUUAUUCACGAUGUAUCGUAUGAUUUCCACGGCCGGAGAAUGGCAACCUGCUCCAGUGACCAAAGUGUGAAGGUUUGGGACAAAAGUGAGAAUGGAGAGUGGCACUGCACAGCCAGCUGGAAGACACACAGUGGAUCAGUGUGGAGAGUGACCUGGGCACAUCCAGAAUUUGGGCAGGUUCUAGCUUCAUGCUCCUUUGACAGAACAGCUGCUGUCUGGGAGGAGAUUGUCGGAGAGUCAAAUGACAAACAGAGAGGACUGAGCCACUGGAUAAAAAGAACAACACUGGUGGACAGUAGAACUUCAGUGACUGAUGUGAAGUUUGCCCCUAAACACAUGGGCCUGAUGUUGACCACCUGCUCUGCGGAUGGAGUGGUGAGGAUCUAUGAGGCUCCUGACGUCAUGAAUCUGAGUCAGUGGUCCCUGCAGCAUGAGAUCUCCUGCAAACUCAGCUGCAGCUGCAUCUCUUGGAAUCCCUCCAGCUCUCGUGCCCACCCACCUAUGUUUGCAGUGGGGAGUGACGACAGCAACGUAACGUACGGUGGGAAAGUUCAGAUCUACGAGUACAAUGAAAACACAAGGAAAUAUGCCAAAGCAGAAACUCUGAUGACCGUCACAGAUGCGGUACAUGACAUCGCGUUCGCUCCAAACCUGGGGAGAUCAUUCCACGUCCUCGCCAUAGCAACAAAAGACGUCAGAAUCUUUAAGCUUGUUCCUAUGAGGAAGGAGAGCACCUCUACGGGACCCACCAAGUUUGAAGUGCAGAUCGUGGCUCAGUUUGACAACCAUAAUUCCCAGGUGUGGCGUGUGAGCUGGAACAUCACCAGCACCCUGCUGGCCUCCUCCGGGGAUGACGGCUGUGUGCGCCUCUGGAAAGCUAACUACAUGGACAACUGGAAGUGCACGGGCAUCCUGAAGGGAGACGGCAGCCCACUCACCGGCACGUCCGGUCAGCCCACGGCCAUGAGCAUGGUGGUGGGCUCCUCCGUUCAGACCUCCCAGAACGCCCUGAACGGGAUGUCCGCUGGAAGGUAUUUCUUUCCGCCUCUGGAUCCUCCCAGAGAAGGGACCAGGUAUGGUCACCUGCUGCCUCCCUCUUCCCUCAUAGAGCACUGUGAUGCUGAGCCCGUUCAGUCUCAGCAACUGGCUCUUCCCUACAGAUACUCCUCUAGAGCACUUAUGCCCUUACCUGAGGCUGAAGGGCAGUAGUUGUUUGUUGGUUGUUGGUUGUUUUGACUGAAAUAAGCAGGGGUAGGGGGACGGGGAUGGGGAUGGGCCACACAGCUGCCAUUCAUUUCUAAUAAAGACCUGUAUUUUUUUCUCUGUUUUGUUCAUUUUUUGUGUGUGUGCGUAAAUCAUAAAAUGUUUUGGAUGCUGUCAUGAAGACAGAAUUGUAAAAUGUGUAUUAUAUAGAUGAGUCUUUUUGGAUGCACAAAUUAUUUAAAAAAAAAAAAAAGGAUUUUGAUAACCAUUUUCUAAGAACAAAAUUUCCCAUAUUUAGCUUUGUGUACCAGUGUUUUUUAUUGUCAAGGAAUGUACAAUUUUAAAAAAGCACAUCCCAUGUAGUGUUUGUUUUGGGGUUAUAUUAUAUAGUCAAUGUUGGCUGGUAAACCAGAAAAAAUGGAGAUGCAAUGUUUUAUGAAUCAUCAACACCUGGAAAAGGAAAUGUUUGUACUUACUCAGCUUUUAUUGAGGAACAAAACUGCACAUGAUGGAAGUCAGAAUAAACACC